GAGACGGGUGGGCAGGCUGCUCACCGUAAACGAUGGUUGUCGGAUAGAGUCCUGAAGACCUCAUGAAACUGGCUGGUUGAAUUGUUCGCAGCGAUUACAGAGCUCCGCGUGCUUUGAGUCUCUCGGAGGAAGAAGAGGAAGAAGAAGAGGAAGAAGAAGAAGAAGAAGAAGAAGAAGAGGAAACUGCAGCAGCACGCAGAUAGUUUAUAAAAGAAGAAGAGGACUUGGUUAUUUCAUUAUUUUUAUUUUUCACGCCACAACUCUCGGACUGGACCAUUUCAUGCACGGAGGAGGACCGACCUCCCGCUUGGACCCGACACCGGCCUCCCACACUCCUCUGGCGGGCUCAGAAGCAGCAGUUCCCGGCAUUUGCUGGGAUGUUUGAGUCGCGUUGUUUGGUGGGGUGAAGGGACCGAGAGAGUGGCCGGAGAGACCGAAGGGGGGAACCGGAGGCCGAGAGAGAGGAGCCGGGAGCAUGGCUCUGGUAGCGCUGUCUCUCUGGGUGCUAACGAGUCUCACCUGGGCGGACGUGGUCCAGGUGUCAGCCAACAGGCAUUCCGUUUACUGGAACAGCUCCAACAUACAUCUGCGUAGGGAGGGCUACACGAUGCAGGUGAACGUCAACGACUACCUGGACAUCUACUGCCCUCACUACAACGACAGCCAGCGCAUGGUGGGCACCGGCGAGCAGUAUGUCCUCUACAUGGUCAGUUACCGCGGUUACAGGAACUGCGACCCCCAGCUGGGCUUCAAGAGGUGGGAGUGCAACCGGCCCCAUGCCCCGCACGCGCCCAUCAAGUUCUCGGAGAAGUUCCAGCGCUACAGUGCCUUCUCACUAGGCUACGAGUUCCACGUUGGACAGGAGUACUACUACAUCUCCACACCCACCCAUCACCACGGCCGCAGCUGUCUGAGACUACGGGUGUACGUCUGCUGCUCCACGGCUUCUGACGUGGACGAUGAGCCAGAGCCUACAGAACCAGACUACACGCUUAGACCAGGUCUAAAACUUGACGAUAUUGAUGAAUAUAACCCGUUCGUUCCCAAGCUGGAGAAGAGCGUCAGUGGCAGCAGCCCGUCCAGGGAUCGCCUUCUCCUCACCGUGACGAUGCUCCUGCUGGCCGCUCUCUUCAUCUCCUAGCAACGGCCAUCCCAUCAGCGUCACCAUGCCAACUAGCCUUGGGAAGGUGUACAGUAUCAGCGGGUGG